AUAUCUCCACCGUCGAUUCCACAGAGGCACGGGGGUCGCGAGGGCGGAUACGUAUUUCCAUUCUCCAGAGCCUACCUUUCUUGUCGACAUACCUGGAUUUGUCGUGUUAAAGCUUCAUCGGGAACGAAUCGGAGCUCAACAGCUGCAUUUAACGUUAUGGCACCCAUGAGGAGCUUUCUUUCCUUGCGGCAGGCAGCUUUGGUACGACAUCACAGUGAGAGAUGUGGUGCUGGCUUCAGAUCAUUCAGCACCCAAGGUGCACCAACUGCUAGUACUCCACUGCCUCCCCCACCUCCUGAAAAAACCCACUUCGGUGGCCUUAAAGAUGAGGACAGAAUUUUCACAAACCUGUAUGGGUUGCAUGACCCAUUUCUUAAGGGUUCAAUGAAACGGGGUGAUUGGUACAGAACCAAAGAUUUGGUACUUAAGGGUGCUGAUUGGAUUGUUAAUGAAAUGAAGAAGUCUGGCCUCCGCGGACGUGGUGGUGCUGGUUUUCCAUCUGGCCUUAAAUGGUCAUUCAUGCCCAAAGUAUCUGAUGGCCGCCCUUCAUAUCUUGUUGUCAAUGCUGAUGAAAGUGAACCUGGAACCUGUAAGGACAGGGAAAUCAUGCGUCACGAUCCACACAAAUUAUUGGAGGGCUGUUUGAUUGCCGGGGUUGGAAUGAGGGCUACUGCUGCUUACAUCUACAUAAGGGGUGAGUAUGUGAAUGAACGUAAGAACCUUGAAAGAGCCAGAAACGAGGCUUAUGAAGCUGGACUUUUGGGGAAGAAUGCAUGUGGAUCUGGUUAUGAUUUUGAUGUACAUAUCCAUUAUGGUGCGGGUGCUUAUAUUUGCGGGGAAGAGACUGCCCUUUUGGAGAGCCUUGAAGGAAAACAGGGGAAACCAAGGUUGAAGCCUCCUUUCCCGGCUAAUGCAGGGUUAUAUGGCUGUCCCACAACUGUAACAAAUGUGGAAACAGUGGCUGUUUCUCCUACCAUUUUGAGGCGUGGACCAGAAUGGUUUGCAAGUUUUGGGAGGAAGAAUAAUUCAGGUACAAAACUUUUUUGUGUGUCUGGUCAUGUGAACAAGCCUUGCACUGUUGAAGAAGAGAUGAGUAUACCCCUAAAGGAGCUGAUAGAGAGGCAUUGCGGAGGUGUUCGAGGUGGAUGGGACAAUUUACUGGCAGUUAUUCCAGGGGGUUCAUCUGUUCCAUUGCUCCCCAAGCAUAUUUGUGAUGACGUGCUGAUGGAUUAUGAUGCACUUAAGGCUGUUACAUCAGGACUGGGGACUGCAGCUGUAAUUGUGAUGGAUAAAUCAACUGAUGUUGUAGAUGCAAUUGCCAGGCUAUCUUAUUUCUACAAGCAUGAAAGUUGUGGCCAGUGCACACCAUGCAGAGAGGGGACACCAUGGCUUUGGAUGAUCAUGGAGAGGUUAAAGGUCGGUAAUGCAAAGUUGGAAGAGAUUGACAUGCUUCAGGAGGUGACCAAGCAGAUUGAAGGGCACACGAUUUGUGCACUUGGUGAUGCUGCUGCUUGGCCUGUGCAAGGUCUCAUAAGGCAUUUUAGGCCAGAGCUGGAGAGAAGGAUCAGGGAGCGUGCAGACAAGGAAUUACUGGAGGCUGCUGCUUAGGUUUGCUAUGGAGGGAAUGUCCUAUAUUGGCGAAUAAUAAAGAUGAAGAAAGUACAGCGAACAUUGGCAGAAUUGUUUGCUUGAGGCAUCUGGUAUUCCAGUUUCAAUUUAUUUUUCCCCAUUUCGAACCUGUAUCAAUGAUUAACUUCAUUCACUGUUGCGAAGAUAUCAAUAGACUUACCGUUGUAUCCGGGCAGAAGUCUUGUGUUUCCCAAACAUCCCUUUUGGUACAUGUUAAUAAUGUCUGUAGUCUUUGUUUUAUGUACACUUAAACUAUGUUUUGAUUUACGUUCCAUCUAGUCGAUGUGAACCUGAAAGGCGAAGGGUUCAAAUUUCCAAGUUGAAUCCUGAAGUACAGCU